AAAAAAAAAGAGACGGGGAAAUCUAUCUCCAGACAGACAAGGAGCGAAAAAAAAAAAAAUAGAGAGAAAAAGAGGAGCACAUAAUAAUAAUAAAAAAACAGUUGCCAAAAAAGCCAGCAUAUUAGGUUUCAGCUUGGAGAGCCAUUGGCUCCCCAGUCUCCCCCUUCUUUACUCCUCUUUAUCUUUCUUUUUUUCCUCCUCCGGUAUUACAAUUGGGCAGAGACGGAAGCAAAAAAAAAAUAGAAAGGUGGGGGUGGGGGGUAGAAUACUAAAAUAUUUAUCGACGGUGAAUAUACUGUUUCCGAUUUGUGAGCUCCUUUAGCUUCAUGGCUGUUCGCUGGGGUUUUUGUUGUUUUUUCUGUCUGUUUGUGUGGUAGAUAUUCCAAGUUACGCCGCCGCUGUGUGAAUUAAACAAAUAUAGGGUUAUAAUUUUACGUUAUAUGUCGCUUUAGGGGUGGAGAGGACAAGGAUGGUCGGGGAGGGGGGUAAGAAGAGGUUGUUUCUCUUUUUCGACUCCUUUUUUUCUUCUUUUCCGCCCCAAGGUGAUUAAAAAAAAGUAGCCAACUAAGGUGACAGUGCGACGGCGAGGGAGGGGUAGUAGUUUUUUCGUAGUAGUUUUUUCUUCUUUCUUUCGCACCCCCCAAAUGCAAAUCGAAGAAGGAAGGAAAAAGAAAAACUCUUCUUUCAAUGACUCAUUGAUCUGAACUGGGAUAAAAUUAGUUUUUCUCUCUCUCCCCUCUCUUUUUAACUCCCACUACCACCAUCACCAUCACCUCCCCCACCCUCCCCGCCCUGGAUUCACCACCAUCAGGGGAAAAAAUAGAAAAAGAAAAAUAAUCUUUAGCAAUCCCCUCCCCUCUUUCUCUGUAAAAGCCGCAUCGCUCGCUGCCCACGACGAUUUAUUUCGAGGUGUCUGUGUGUGGGAGACGUCGCGGCUGGCCCCCUCUUCGUCGUCGCCGAACUUUACUUCACGGCCGCCGGCUUCACUUCAAAUCGACUCCCCGGCUUCCGCUCGGGCCUUGUCGUCAGGAGUCGGUUUUUUUUUAGACCGGACGUUUCCUCAUCUAUUGUGAUAUUUUUGCUUCUAUUUUCCAUAGCUUGAGUUUUUUUUCAAUUUGGACGAUAUUUUUACCUCAGACUCGGCGCCGGGAAAAAAUAACAAAAUCCCGGUGAGGCGCGGGCGCCAUUAUGGGAUAUUCGUUACUGUGGUUAUGGCGCGGCGGGAAUUCACCGGCCUCCUGGUUAUGGUGUGGUGUCGUGUUAUGGCAGCUCCGUUAUGUUGAUGGUGCGAAGGAGACGGCACCUCCAUGGGGUGAGCGCUGAUGCCGCCGGUGUUUUGUAUGGCGGGCGGUGAAGUCGUCGUCGUCCGUGUUGUUGCCGCGGGCGGGAAGCCGCCAUUCACCUGACGGGUAAGGAGGAAAAAACGAAAGUGCAAAAACAGAAAAACGCUCGGUCUUUAAGGGGUUAAAGUAAAAAGUUCAGAGAAGAGUUCAAGAGUCCAGAGAAGCUCAUUGAUCACUGCGAUGCAAGGCUCCACCCACCUGCUGCCGAUAGGUCCCAGUUUUCAAACGUAGCAUUUGUUUGUCAAAAUGAACCUACUGACCCUUCAACAUGGCGCCCCUUAUCAGUGGCGUGAACAAAAGUUGUGGUAAUACUUUGGAACACAAGCUGAGAUGGAUGAUGAUGAUGACUCCGGUCUUCUUGAUUUUAUUGGGGACCCACAGGCAUUAAAUUACUUUCUGCAUGGAUCUGGCUGUAAACCUGGUGAAGAGUUAAAUACAGAUUUUUCUGCAUCAAAUUCAAACUCCAUUUUCGCCAAUUCAAGUCUGACUGAUUCUAAGUCAUCCAUAAAAAGUGUGCAAAGCCUGGCUGACGAGGAAUCCACAGACGGACUUCAGCUGUCAAACAACAUUCAGUUCUUUGAAGAUGAGCUUGAAUCUUCCUCUAUCCCAGACCUCAGUGAGGACAUUCUCCAGAAAUCACUGCAGGAGGCCAAUAUCACAGAGCAGAUAUUGGCAGAAGAGGCUUAUUUGGAUGCCAGUGUAGCCGCAAGCCAACAGUUUGCAAACGCUCUGCAUCAUGCCCUUUCAUCAGCAUCCCUCACCCAGGUUUCUAAUACUGCUAGUUACUCAGGUCAGACAUUACAUCCCAUAGGAGUGACGCACAUGCCUGUAGGUGCAUCAUUUGCCAGCAAUACAUUAGGUGUACAGCAUGGUUUUAUGCAACCAGUGGGAAUUAUACCUAGCCAGCAUAUUCCUACCAGUAGUCACAGUGGUUCCGGACAGAUACAUCUUAUUGGUUCCAUCAACAAUCAGUCUCCAGUGAUGACUAUUAAUAAUCCCGAUGGAUCUCAGAUUAUACUUAAAAGUGGUCAGCAGGCACCUCCGAGUAGCACAAGUGGUGGAGUACUUGUGCAGAGUCAUACUCAAAAUGGCAGUACAAUGUUUUCCAGUCCAAAUGUAAGUCCAGCUGGACAGCAAGUCACGGUUCCUUUCAGUAGUGGAAAUUUCCAGACGUCCUUACCGGUCCAUAAUAUAAUUAUUCAUAGAGGUCCAGCACCAAAUGCUAGUAAAGGCCCGAUUAAUAUUCAGCCAAAGCCUAUGCAGGUGGGACAGCAAAUGUCCUACAGUGUCAGUAAUUUGGGAAUGCAUCAUCAUAGACAUCAAGGAGCGCAUUGUGUUCCUGGAAAUUCAGCACAAAGCCCUUCAAUGGAUCAGCAAAUUCCUAUAACUCAUCAACGUUCCCAUAAAGCAUCGAGCCAGCAGCCAGGUAGCAGCAUUGUUAUCCAUUCUCCUUUAGGAGAAGCACAUGCUCAUCAUAACCAAUUCUUCAUUCCCGCAGGCCUUUCCAUAAACUCCAGCUCUCUCCAACAUAUUCAGGCCAUAAAUGCCCAGUUUGUCCAGACACAAUCUUCUCACCUCGGUCCUCACCAAGUCCCCACAGAACAUAUAAUGCUGAACAGAAACACAGGUGGCAUGAUUAGGCCUAGCCAACAUUAUUCUGGGCAAAUGUUACAUAGCCCGGGAACUGCUGUACAGCUUGUUUCUGGCCAGACAUUCUCAAGUUCCGGAGGACAAGUCUUUUUGAACCAUGGACCAUCUCAAAUUGUUGGAGGACAAGUAGCACAGGUGUCUCCUACACUUUUACAUUUGUCACCUGGUCAAGGCAAUAAAGCCCAAGGAGGAUCAACAUCAUCUGGUUGCUCAAACAUGACAACGACAAACCGCUUUACUGUUGUAAAUCCUAGCACGGUUCUUCAAGGUAUGGGACCAUCAUUUCAGAGUCCGGGAUCUGGUGACAGCUAUGGCGAUCAGCAGAAUGACAGGCACCAUCCUGUAUCUAAUGAAACUCAUCUUCCAGGAUCCAAUACUAAAUCAAACAGCACAUUCUGCUCUAACACCAAUUCUAAGCAGCCAUUCUCCUGCAGUCAGAGUCAGAAGAAUAUUCUGAAUCAUCAUUCUGCAGGUUCAUUAAUGAAAAAUCAAGAAGGGCAAUCAAAUACAACAGAUCACGGUCCUGUCAGUAGACAUUUACAUCAUCAUUUAUCAUUAUCGAAGGAAGCUCUCAUGGGACUGCAGAAUGCUGAGGUUGAAGGACGCACUGUUGUACUGAAGAGACCAGCAACAAAGCAACAUACUAAAGAAGCUUUAUUUCUCCAGCAUAUGCAUAAAGAGCAGGAGCAUUCCCUUCUACCAGAUAGAAGUGGAUUCAAGUCCUUGGAUAAUGCGUGUGAAAGGCUUUUUCCCUACCAUGUAUUUCAAGGAUCACUGCCUAGUGAAGAAGAUUUACACCAAGUGGACAAUGAAUUUGAGACUGCAGCUACACAUCUUUUGAAGAAGACCCAGGCAAUGCUCAACAAGUACCGCUUGCUGCUACUGGAUGAUGCAAUGAGGAUUGAACCUUCUGCAGAGAUGGUAAUGUUAGAUCGAAUGUUCAACCAGGAAGAGAGAGCCAUGCUCACACGGGAAAAGCGGAUGGCAUUGGUUGAUCCGGAUGCCUACUUGACAGAGUUUUGUUGCAUUAAUAAAUUUCAAGAAAGUUCUACAGAUGAAAAGGUUCUUAGCAGUCAGGAUAUGGAUGCAGAUGCAGACCCUUCUUCUCCAGAUGCCUGUCCGACGGUUAAUGACUCUGAUGAAGACAAGACAGAUGUGGGUAAAGUACACGACGAGCCAUUUUCAGUGCCUAAGAACAAUUCACCAUCACAUAAACCCAAUGACACUUCCAAGGAUAAAGACAGCCUUAAUACAGAUAGUAUGUUGAAGAAUACAAGUCUUUUACCACAAAAGCAACUUUUCGUAAGCCUUUAUAAACUGAAGCGCAAGUACACUGAAUGUUCUUCUGAUCCUGAUGCUUCUUGUGAGACAUCUGAGAAACCAGACUCUGUUGCCAACUCUUCAUCGCCCAUUCCUGUUUCUGACUCAAAUAGGGAUGCUGGUGAUGUAGAACGUCCCCAGGGUAAAACGGCAGGACCUUCUCAAGAUGCCGCAUGUAAGCCAAGAGAUGUUGCAGCAAGCCCUGGAAAACCUUUUAAAACUUCAAUGCCUAGUGAGGCUGUAAAAGCGACAGUCAGAAAUGUCCUGGAACUUAAACUAAGUGCAAAACACUUUAAAAGUGAAACUUCCAGCAGCGAUUCAGCAGAAUUACAAUUUGUUAAACCAUCAGCUCCGACAUUGGAGGAAAACUGUGUAGAUAAACCCAUUUCUGAAGCUAGAGAAGGCGCAGCAGAAACAGAUUUGGUUUUAGAGGCAGCUGUAAAUAGUAUAUUGGAGUGCUAAAGGACAAUUUUCACAUCUUUUUCUGUGGGAUGCAUGCCACCAGUGACCGGAAAGCAAUAGUGACUUUAUUCACAAGCCAGAUAGGCAGUGGCACACAGCGAGGCAGCCAUUACUGAAUGAACGCAAGCCUGCUUUAGACAAUCAGGAUGGAUCUGGAAAAGCAGGUCUCAUAGUAACAAGGAUUUAACCUAUGUUUGUUCUUUUCUUUUUUGCACAUUUUCAUUAAAGAUGCAAUCUCUAUUGCAAAUCUGAAGCAGCCUUAUUUCUUUAGUAUAAGAUGAAUUAGGUAAAACACUGCCACCUUUAAUAGGCAGAAGCAUACCAGGAAUCAAUACGGUAAACCACAAUCCUCAUGUUAAAGCGGUACUCCGGUGGAAAACAUUUUUUUUUUUUUUUUUAUGAACUGCUGCCAGAAAGUUA